AUGACGGUCACAUUCCCGUACUCUUCCGCCCCUGUGCGCCAGAUUCGGGAGAUCCAGUUUGGGGUGAUGAGUCCAGAGGAGAUUAAAGCCUUUGCGGUGGCCAAGAUCGAGCACCCGGAAGUCAUGGAUGAGAGUGGGCAACGGCAGAAGGUUGGAGGACUGAUGGAUCCCAAAAUGGGCACUAUCGACCGCAACUUCAAGUGUCAGACCUGUCUCGAAGGCAUGUCGGAAUGUCCUGGUCACUUUGGCUACAUUGACCUCGCCCGCCCGGUCUUUCAUGCCGGCUUCAUGAUCAAGGUCAAGAAGAUCCUCGAGUGUAUCUGUUUUUCAUGCGGGAAGCUCAAGGUUGAUAUUCGCGAUCCGGCUGUAGCCAAUGUCGUCCGUCGAGUCAAGGCGCAGCACCGGCUCAAGGCGAUCUGGGCAUUGGCGGUCAAGAAGCAUGUGUGCGAGUCGGACGUUCUGGACGAGGAGGAGGAUGGGGACGCGACGGCAGAGGAUCAGUUCCAGAGAGAUCAGAAGAAGGCGGCGAAGCCGGGACAUGGGGGAUGUGGCCAUGCUCAGCCGCUCUGGCGGAAAGAGGCUCUCAAGCUCAUUUCGGUGUACAAGCCGGUGACGGAGAAGGGGGAAGAGGCGGCGGAUCCAGAAAAGAAGGUGGUCCCUCCAGGGGAGAUUCACAAUCUUCUCAAGAAGAUCCCGGCGGACGACCUCCACAUCAUGGGUCUCAACGCCGAGUUCGCCCGUCCCGACUGGAUGAUCCUCACGGUUCUUCCGGUGCCUCCUGCGGCGGUCCGACCUUCGAUCUCGGUGGAUGGCGGUGCAAUGCGGUCCGAGGACGACUUGACGUACAAGCUUGCUCAGAUCUUGAAGCACUCGGCGACGGUCCGGCGGCUCGAGGCGGAAGGUGUACCCCCAUCCGUCAUCAACGACCACUUUGACCUCCUUCAAUUCCACGUCGCUACCUACAUGGACAAUGAUAUCGCCGGUAUCCCGCAGGACAUGCAGAAAUCCGGUCGGCCGAUCAAGGCUAUCCGGGCGCGUCUCAAGGGGAAGGAGGGGCGGUUGCGGGGGAACUUGAUGGGGAAGCGUGUCGACUUUUCAGCUCGUACCGUCAUUACCGGUGACCCAAAUUUACAGCUGGAUCAAGUCGGUGUGCCGAGGAGUAUCGCCAUGACCUUGACAUAUCCAGAAAGAGUAACACCCUAUAAUAUCGUCUACCUCCAAACACUAGUCGGGAACGGUCCCGCCACGUACCCCGGUGCCCGAUAUGUCGUCAAGGAUACAGGAGAGCGGGUGGACUUGAAGUACCGCAAGACUACCGAGCCGGUAUCGCUGCAGUUUGGGUGGAUUGUCGAACGGCAUUUGAAGGAUGGAGAUUAUGUCCUCUUCAACCGUCAGCCGAGUUUGCACAAAAUGUCCAUGAUGUCGCAUCGUGUCAAGUUGAUGAAUUAUUCCACUUUCCGUCUGAACCUCUCUGUAACAUCCCCCUAUAAUGCCGAUUUCGAUGGUGACGAAAUGAACUUGCACGUCCCACAGAGCGAGGAAACGCGCGCAGAGUUGAGCCAGAUUGCCUGGGUUCCAAGACAGAUCAUCUCGCCCCAAGCAAACAAACCUGUCAUGGGCAUCGUGCAAGAUACGCUCCUCGGUAUCCGGAAAAUGACGCUGCGGGACAAUCUCCUGGACUGGUUCCAAGUCCAAAACAUCUUUUUAUGGGUGACGGACUGGGAUGGCCAGAUCCCACCGCCGGCGAUCCUCAAGCCCAAGCCAAUGUGGACGGGCAAGCAGCUCUUGUCGAUGUGCAUCCCGAAAGGCGUCAACAUCUCGGUCGAGCCCGCAAAGAAGGAGGAUUGGGAGGACGAAAAGGACAAGUUUGUCAUUAUCGACGACGGGCAAUUACUCCGGGGGAUCAUCAACAAGAGUAUGGCGGGAACGUCCGAGAAGGGUCUCGUCCACGUCAUCUUUCGUCAACUCGGACACGUUGCCGCUCGGGACUUCUUCUCGGCCUGUCAACAAAUCGUCAACUUUUGGCUCCUCCACAACGGCUUUUCGGUCAGUAUUGGAGAUGCCGUCGUCGCGCCCAAGACGAUGGACGAGAUCACCAACCGGAUGGCUCAGGCCAAGGCGUCGGUGCAGGCGCUCAUCACCGAGGCGGAGAACAAUCUCAUGAGGCAAAAGCCGGGAAUGACGAUCCGAGAAACGCUGGAGAAGCUCGCGACGGUCGCGCUGGAGGAGGCGCGUGGAUGGACGGGUGUGCACGCCGCGGCGGAGUUGAAGGAGGCCAACAACUUCAAGCAGAUGAUGGAGGCGGGAUCCAAGGGAAAUCCCAUCAACAUUUCGCAAAUGGCGGGUGUCGUCGGGCAACAGCAGGUUGACGGAAAGCGGAUCGAUUUCGGGUUCAGACAUCGGACGCUCCCUCAUUUCUCGCGGGAUGACUAUGGGCCGGAGUCGAGGGGAUUCGUCGAGAACUCUUACCUCCGUGGUUUGACACCUCAGGAGUUUUGGUUCCACGCCAUGGGUGGUCGUGUGGGGUUGAUCGAUACCGCUGUCAAGACGGCUGAGACGGGGUACAUUCAGCGGCGGCUGGUCAAGGCGAUGGAGGAUUUGAAGGUGGGAUACGAUGGGACGGUGCGGAAUUCGAACGGAGACAUCAUCCAGUUCUUGUAUGGAGAAGAUGGGAUGGAUGCGACGGCUGUGGAGAGUCAGACUCUCGAUACGCUGUCGGCGUCGCACGAGGACUUUGAGGCGACCUACAAAAUCGACGUUCUCGGAGGUCGAGGGUUCAGCAAGGGCGUGCUGCAGUCUCAUAUCGAUACCCAAUCGGUCGAGCUGCAGGCGCUGCUGGAUGAGGAGUACCGGCAGCUGCUGGAGGACCGGGCGGAACUUCGGACCACCAUCUUCCCGGACGGAUACGCCAGUCGUCCCCUCCCCGUCAGCUUCCAGCGCAUCAUCAAAAACUCUCAGCAAAUCUUUCAUAUUGAUCGUCGACUCGCGUCGGAUCUCGACCCCAUCACCAUCAUUGAGCAGCGUCAAGCCCUCAUUGACCGCCUCAUCGUCGUUCGCGGGGAUGACGAGCUCAGUCGGACCCACCAAGCCAACGCAACUAUCCUCUUCCGGAUCUUCCUCCGGUCGCAGCUGUCCACACGGCGGGUCCUGGAAGAGUAUCAUCUCAACCGGGAGGCGUUUGACUGGGUCGUCGGAGAGAUUGAGCAGAGCUUCAACCGAGCCCUCGUCGAUCCGGCGGAGAUGGUGGGGACGCUGGCGGCGCAGUCUAUCGGAGAGCCGGCCACACAAAUGACGCUCAACACGUUCCAUUUGGCCGGUGUCGCCUCCAAGGCGGUCACGGGUGGUGUGCCCCGUCUCAAGGAGAUCAUCAACGUCGCGGUCAAUAUCCGGACCCCGGCGCUCAAUAUCUACCUUCACGACGAAUACAGCCAGACCGAGGAGGAUGCGCACAAGAUUAUGCGUCAUCUCACCUAUACGCGUCUGCGGGACAUUACGUCGUCGGUCGAGAUCUUUUACGAUCCCGAUCUGGACACUACCCGGAUCGAGGAGGACAAGGAUUUCGUCGAUGCCUUCUUUGCCAUCCCAGACGAGGAUAUCCGGCUGGAAUCCCACUCCCCCUGGCUCCUCCGUCUCGAGCUGGACCGGGCCAAGGUUCUUGAAGGAGGAUACGAAAUGUCGCAGAUCGUCAAUGCCAUCGCGACCACCGCCGGCAAGGACGUCUUUAUCAUCCACUCGGAAGAUAACGCGCCGAAACUCAUCAUCCGGAUCCGGGUUGUCAAUACCGAGGAGGAUGAGGAGAUGCUGGGCGAUGAGGACAUGUUCCUGAAGCGGAUUGAGGGGACGCUGCUGGAUGCGGUCGUGCUCAGUGGUAUCAAGGGGAUUGAGCGGGUGUUCAUCUCGGACGGCAAUCAGAUGAAGCCAGACAAGUCGGGGCUCUUUGUCAAGGCCAAGGAAUGGUACCUCGAGACAGACGGUAUCAACCUGCGAGAGGCGCUCGCGGUUGACGGCGUAGACGCGGUCAGGACAUACUCCAACAACUGUUACGAGGUGUUUACGACCCUCGGUAUCGAGGCCGGACGGAACGCUCUCUUCAAGGAGCUGUACGAAAUCCUCUCGGGUGGUUCGUCGGUCAACUACCGUCAUCUCGGCUUGUUGUGCGACCUCAUGUGCAACAAGGGUCAGCUCAUGUCCAUUACUCGGCACGGUAUCAACCGGACCGACGCGGGUGCCCUUUCGAGGUGCUCGUUCGAGGAGACGGUCGAGAUCCUGCUCGAGGCGGCAGCGGUCGGGGAUAUUGAUGAUUGUCGGGGAGUGGCGGAGAAUGUGCUGUUGGGGCAGAUGGCGCCAAUGGGGACCGGAGCGUUCGACGUGUCGCUCGACAUGACGAUGCUCAAGGACGUCAUUGUGGACCAUCGUCUACCGGUGCAAAACAUGCUCGCGGCGGGUAUGGCGGGCGGGAUGACACCGGGCGGAAACAUGACGCCUUACGACAACUUUUCGCCCAUGUGGCCAGGACCGGGGGGAGUCGGGAAUGCUGCGUUCUCGCCCAUGCAGAACAGCAACAACGACGAGGGUGGCAACUUUGCCUAUAUGGGAUACGGACAGAGUCCCAUGCACGGUGGCGCGUCGCCAGGCGGGUACUCGCCGUCCUCGCCUGCGGGGUACAGUCCCACCUCCCCCUUUGCCGUCACGUCCCCAACGUACUCGCCUACUUCGCCCUUCCAGGGUGCGGGUGCGGCAUCCCCUUGGGUCCCUCGUGGUGGCUAUGGCGGAACGAGCCCGGCCUACUCGCCCUCGUCGCCCCAGUACUCGCCUACCUCCCCCCAGUACUCGCCUGCCUCUCCCUCGUUCUCCCCUUCAUCACCCACCUACUCCCCCGCUUCUCCGGCAUAUGCUGGCGGUGCCACUCGGGCAUCGCCGUACUCUCCGGCAUCGCCCGCUUACUCCCCUACCUCGCCUUUGGCGGGUAUGACUUCGCCGCGGUACUCGCCUACUUCGCCCAAGUACUCGCCCGCUUCCCCGGCGUUCAGCCCCACUUCUCCAGUCUACUCGCCCACAUCUCCAGCGGCCUUCCAGGCUACUUCGCCUCGGUACUCGCCCACCUCUCCCCAAUUCACACCCACCUCCCCUACAUACUCGCCCGCUAGUCCAGCAUACUCGCCUACUUCGCCGGCGUACUCGCCCGCUAGUCCCGCCUACAGCCCGGCGAGCCCAGCGUUCAGCCCAGCAUCGCCGGCGUAUGGGGCCCAGGCGCAGAGGAAUGGGAAUGGCGCAGCGGGGCAAAAUGGGAUUGGGAAUGGAGCGACCGCGUCGGGAUCGGGAGCGGCUGUACCGCCCAAGAAGCCCGGAUGGGGGAAUGCGGGAUAUAGCGCGUCGCCGAGCUGGAAGAGUUAG